GUCACAGGUCCCAGCUCCUUCAUCUCUCCUCCUCCACUUCCAUCUUCUCCUCUUCAUCUUCUUCUUCCUCCUCCUUCUUCCGAAGAGAGAGAGAGAGAGAGAGAGAGAUCUUACUUUCAUCUGACUCUGCACACUCCCAUCUGAUCAUCUCCGGUUCCAUAUAUAGGCUCACUCCUUGAUAGCCUCUCUUUGGAAAUGCUCUGACAGUCGUCCCUCUCAAUCAUCUCCCUCACUGUUCCCUACAUACUCUUGAGUCUGACCAGAGAGAAAGCACAGCGAACAUGGCGUCUUCGUCUGACCCCAUCGCCAGCCUCGACGCCCCUGGCUUCCGGCCCUCCCCCUCCUCCUCCGUCGACCCCAGCUGGCUCCUCCCUCGCGGCGCCGAGGCGCUCACCAGGUCCCUCCUUCGAUCCCUCACCGAGCCCGAGACGCCGAGCGCCUUCUUCUUCGAUCCCGAAUCGACUGCACCACCCUCCGCCUCCGCAGCCGCCGCCGCCGCUGCCGCCUCGAGCUUCGACCCCGAGGCCGCGGCGAGAAAGCGCCCCCGGACCGCGGGGCCUUCCCGUAAGAAGCGCAAGUCGCGCUCCUCCAACCGGUCCCAGACCACGUUCAUCGCGGCGGACGCGGCCAACUUCCGCCGGAUGGUGCAGCAGGUGACCGGCGUCAAGCUCGGCGGGCCCCACGCCUUCGUGCCGCCGGUGACGAAGCCGGAGCCGCAGCAGAGGGCCGGUUGCCGUUUCCCCGUCGGCGGAGGCCUGUUGCCGAAUCUGGACGCGUCGUCGUCGCUGUUGGUUGGUGGCGUCGGAGGUGGUGGCCCCGAGGGCCCGCUCUGUUUCCCUGCGCCGGCGGCGGCGACGGCGGCGGCGGCGGAGGUUGGCGGCGCCGGUGGGCUGGGCUUUGACUCUUUCGCGUGCUUUCCCACUCUGGAUUCAUGGAAGCUCAUCUGAUCAAGAUUGAUAAGAAGCUCUCUUGUUUUUUUUUUAUUUCCUUUCUAUCUUUACUGUUAUUUUGUCCUUGUCUAAUUAAUUGCUGAUAAUAUGUUGGGCACCAGAAAUGAAGGAUUAUGCAUGCUAAUGUCAUCUGGACAAAAGCGUAUAAUGAGAGUGAAUAGUCACAUAUGAUUUAGUAGGAAAAAUCAUCUUGAGUUUAGUAAAUAUAAUCAGUAUUAAAUUCUCCAUA